AUGGCUGCUCUGCAGAGAUCUGUGAACUCUUUCUGUAAGGACCUUCUGACCACCAGCUGCCUCCUCCUCAUCGCCCUGUGGGUGCAGGGAGGAACUGCUGUGCCCGUCCGUCCUCAAUGCAGACUGAACAGCAUUGACUUACCGCCGACAUCCGUUACCAACUACACCUUCAGGCUGGCUGAGGAGGCCAGUUUGGAAGAUAACAACACAGAUGUUCGUCUCUUUGGGUAUUAUCAGCUGUUCCGUGGAGUGAAUGUGACAGAUUACUGUUACCUGAUGAAGCAGGUCCUGAACUUUACCAUUGAAGAAGUGCUGGUCCCCAACUGUAAUAGAUACCAGCCUUAUAUGGACACAGUGCUCUCCUAUCUGAUGAGGAUCAGUUACAAGCUGAACCAAUGUCAUAUUGAGAGAGAUGACUACAAUAUCCAGAGAAAUGUGCAAGAACUGAAGGACACCGUUCAAAAGCUUGGAGAGAGUGGAAAAAUCAAAGUAAUUGGAGAACUGAACUCACUUCACGGUCUUCUGGUCACUAAAUGCUUUUAA